CCCCAGCCCAAGUAGAGGCUGCCAAGUUUGGGCCUAUCCUCUCCUCCUGUCCUUAUUUGGCAUUCCAGGUGAUAAGGCUGAGAUAUAAAGGGGGCUGUGGGCCCCUCGAGGCAACCAGGCCGCUGCAGAGAGAGAGGAUGGCCAGCAGGAAGGCAGGGACCCGAGGCAAGGCCGCGGCCACCAAGCAGGCCCAGCGAGGCUCUUCCAACGUCUUUUCCAUGUUUGAACAAGCCCAGAUCCAGGAGUUCAAGGAAGCUUUCAGCUGCAUCGACCAGAACCGUGACGGCAUCAUCUGCAAGUCGGACCUUAGAGAGACCUACUCCCAGCUCGGGAAGGUGAAUGUUCCAGAAGAGGAGUUGGAUGCCAUGCUGCAGGAAGGGAAGGGGCCCAUCAACUUCACUGUCUUCCUCACACUGUUUGGGGAGAAGCUCAAUGGGACAGACCCUGAAGAAGCCAUCCUGAGCGCCUUCCGCCUUUUUGACCCCAGUGGCAAAGGCGUGGUGAACAAGGAUGAGUUCAAGCAGCUUCUCCUGACCCAGGCAGACAAGUUCUCUCCAGCUGAGGUGGAGCAGAUGUUUGCCCUGACGCCCAUGGACCUGGCAGGGAACAUCGACUAUAAGUCCCUGUGCUACAUCAUCACCCACGGGGACGAGAAGGAGGAGUAAGCCCGAGGUGCCAGCGGCUGGGACUUAGGGCCAGGCCUGUGGGGACACCUCAAUAAAUGCUAUUUCCGAAUUAGA